CCACUUUCUCUUAUUCUGUGUUUGAGAGUGAGCGGAGCUAUGGCUGAGGAAAAGAAGGGUCAAGUUGCCAAGAAGGGCGCGAAGAAAGCGGUGAAGAGGGCGCCAGCGAAGGGCGGCAGGAGGAGGAAGCGGUCCAGGAAAGAAAGUUACUCCAUCUACAUCUACAAAGUGAUGAAGCAGGUUCACCCCGACACCGGCAUCUCCUCCAAGGCCAUGAACAUCAUGAACUCGUUCGUCAAAGAUAUUUUCGAACGCAUCGCGGGGGAGGCUUCCCGCCUGGCCCAUUACAACAAGCGCAGCACCAUCAGCUCCCGGGAGAUCCAGACCGCCGUGCGGCUGCUGCUGCCCGGGGAGCUGGCCAAGCACGCCGUGUCGGAGGGCACAAAGGCGGUGACCAAGUACACCAGCUCCAAGUGAAGGACCGCACUGCACUGAAACAAACAUCCACAACCCAAAGGCUCUUUUAAGAGCCACCUACAGAUUUCCUGAAACGGUUGGACCAUUGUGUUUUAAGAUAUGUACAGUUGAUGUCUGCGAGAUUUGUAUGUUGUAAAUGUCAAUAAAUGCUAGCUGAGUCGGUGCGCGCCUUAUUAUCUGUACUCCCUGCUUGUACGUGUCCGUGGUUGGCUCUCUGUUAAUCGAUCGGUUCAGGAGUAACAAGUCCCGGUGAGACACGAACCCUCGGUUUCACCCCCGGAAUACGAAGUGCCCCUAGUACCAGCCGGCUAGCAAAAUAAACAGUUUCCCGCGGAGUGCGAUUUUAUUUUUAUUUUUCAUUUCCAAAUCUCCGCUCGGGUAUUUUUUUUUAAAUUAGAUUAUUUAGUAUGGAAACAAGCCCACACUGACCUACCGAAGCGCAACCCAUGCAGACCCAUUCCCCUACGUUUACCCCUGCCCCUAAUGGCUAAUUUACCUAACCUGCACAUUUUUUGAUUGUGGGAGGAAACCCACGCAGACAUGGGGAGAAUGUGCAAACUCCACAGUCAGUCGCCUGAGGCGGGAAUUGAACCUGGGUCUCGAACGCUUUGAGUCAGGAGUGCUAACCACCGGGUAUUGUCUGAAUGUAGAGCCUUGCAAAAUACACCAAAACAAAACUAGAACAGCUGCAGAAGUGGCAGAGUAAAUGUGGAGUUUUUAUCGAUCUAUGAUCGUGUGUAAUAGGGAGGGCAACUUUAAAAUAUUCUCGAACGAUCGUGUUCACUAUUAAUGCACUGACUCAGGAAAACGUUAUCAUGUAUGUCGGGGUGCUGUUGAAAAGAGAAAUAAAUGAUUAGUUGCAGAGUG